AUGUCAAAGAUGACGUGGGAUGAAACCGAUAGAGGAAACUACUAUUGUGGGCCACUUCUUGUAUUAUUGUUAGCUUAUUUGGAGUUUAUGAGGAAUGAUAAGAAUGAAAAAAGACAAAUACAUGCACUACAUUUUUGGGAUUAUGAAAUGAUUGUGAAAAGGGAAAAAGCUGAGUUAAAGAGUGGUGACUUUGGAACUUUGGAAUGGAAUGAUGAUGUUAUAGAGAAUGAUGAAGAAUCCGACACCGAUGAAAAUGAAGAUAUGAAACUCGAUAGACAGUUCAUAUUUGACAAAUAUAUCCCUUUCAAUGAAAGAUUUGAUAAAUUUGAGUUAAAUAUCAAAGAUGCAAUGAAAAAGGACAAAGAACUUCUAACAUUUGAAAAAGUUCACUUGGUGUUUUUCCCAGUUCAUCAAAAAAAUCACUUUUACAUCAUCUGCAUAAACUUAGAGGAACCAGCGGUUGAUGUCAUUGACAAUAGGAAUUCAGUUGCAAAGUUUCCUAAAGCUUAUCGUGAUGCACCUAAUGAAUUGAAAAUACUUUUUAGUAGGUACUUGAUGAGGGUCAAUCACAAAUCAGCUUCAACUUUGGAGGGUGUUGAACUAGAAAGGGUGAACAUGAAUUGGCGCACGAGGGAUAAUCAUGUUGACUGUGGAGUUUUUUGCAUGCGUCAUAUGGAGACAUAUAUGGGAGAUAAAACAGUAAAUUGGACAUGUGGGUUGCCAAAAGAAUCAAAACAACAACAAAGUGUGUUAAACGAGUUACGCAUUAAGUAUUUGACAAAGAUACUAUUGAGUGACACAAACACAUACAGGUCAAAAAUCAUUGCACAAACAGCUAAGUUUGCAAAAAAGACUAAUGAAGAAAUAAAAGAUUUGCUCGACAAGGGAUGGGAAAAAAGGGGAGAAAGGAUAUAG